AUGCAAAAAAGACUAAUAUUUGUUGUAGUUUCAAUCUUAAUAAUAGGAGUAAUUUUUCUCUAUUAUUCUAAUCUUUCUCGGAAUGAUAACCAAGCCAAUAAUGUUGUCAUCUCAACUAAGGUCAGAGAACAAACAUCUUCACAAGAACCAAAAGUCAUUGAAAAGAUAAUUGAAAAGACAAUAGAAAUACCUUUAGAAAAGAUUGUUGAAAAGAUAAUUGAAAAACCGUGUGCCACAAGUCAAACCAACGAUGAUAACUUGUCCAAAUUUUCACAAUUGUUAAAAAAUGAUCAAUUAAAAUCAAUUGAACUGACUAAACAAAUCUUAAGUGGAAAUGUUAAAAAUCCAGCAGUUCAUUUAGUAACUCAAUUAUUUGGAGGUAUGCAAAACGAUCAUUAUGUGGAUAUGUUGGCAGCAAUUCAAUUAAAUCUUUUCAAUCCAUUUGUUGAAAAAGUUCACCUCCUUCAAGAGAAUGAUGCAAACGAUAAAGAUUUAAAGAAGUUAAUUGGACAAGAAAAACUUGUCAUUCACAUGCUAGGUCAUCGUAUUACAGUUGGUGAUUUUAUGAGAUAUUGUAAUGACAAAUUACCACAAAAAAUUGUAGGACUCAUUAAUACUGAUGUUUAUUUUGAUAAUACCCUAGUUGAGUUCCAUAGAAUGCCAUAUCAAACUGCAUAUGUUAUUUCAAGAAAGGAAACUCUAGUUGGUAAUAAGCCAGAUCCAAUUAAUAAUAGAGAUCAAUGUGGUGGAUAUCAAGGUUCACAUGAUGCAUUCAUUUUCAGGAAUACGGAUAAAUUUGGAGAUUCAAUCAUCGACAAGUUAAAUAAUACUAAUUUGGGAUAUAUGGGCAGUGAAAAUGUUAUUUUAUAUUAUUUGAAACGUGAUUCUAAUAGAUAUAGAAUUUCAAAUCCAUGUUAUGCUGUUAAUUUAUUCCACUUGCAUAGAAAUAGAUCAGAGAAGGAGGUUAAAAGAUUUAAUGGUGGAGGUAUUUCUGAUACACAGAACCCAUCUGGAGAUUUUUAG